CGUCUCAUGGUGUUUUACUUGGCUGUAACAGCUUUAUAUCACAAUCACUUAGUCGUUUAAAGCGGCCAGCUGAGACAAUAACAUCACCGACUUCUGAACUGAGGAAACCAACCGCUUUGUUGCCAAAAUGCAUGUGGUUAAGCGAGACGGACGCCAGGAGGGAGUUACUUUUGACAAGAUCACAUCUCGGAUCCAGAAGCUUUGCUAUGGACUUAACAGUGAAUUUGUGGAUCCUGCUCAGAUCACAAUGAAGGUGAUUCAGGGUCUGUACAAUGGAGUCACCACUGUGGAGCUGGACACCCUGGCUGCAGAGACUGCUGCAACCCUCACCACUAAACAUCCGGACUAUGCAAUCCUGGCUGCCCGUAUUGCUGUGUCCAACCUGCACAAAGAGACUAAGAAAGUGUUCAGUGAUGUGAUGGAAGACCUGUACAACUAUGUGAACCCAUUGAAUAAGCGUCACUCUCCCAUGAUCUCCAAGCAGUUGCUCGACAUUGUUCAUGAAAACAAAGCUCGCCUCAACUCAGCCAUCAUCUUUGAUAGAGACUUCACUUACAAUUUCUUUGGCUUUAAGACUCUGGAGAGAUCAUAUUUGUUGAAGAUUAAUGGCAAAGUUGCUGAGAGGCCCCAGCACAUGCUGAUGAGAGUGGCAGUUGGAAUUCAUGAAAGAGACAUCGAUGCAGCCAUCGAGACAUACAACUUACUGUCAGAGAAGUGGUUCACCCAUGCUUCCCCUACUCUGUUCAACGCUGGCACCAACAGGCCACAGCUAUCCAGUUGUUUCUUGCUGUCCAUGAAGGACGACAGCAUUGACGGUAUUUACGACACACUGAAGCAGUGUGCUCUCGUUUCCAAAUCAGCAGGAGGAAUUGGUUUGGCUGUUAGCUGCAUCAGAUCAACAGGAAGCUAUAUUGCUGGGACUAAUGGCACUUCCAAUGGACUGGUCCCUAUGCUUCGGGUGUACAACAACACAGCACGUUACGUUGACCAGGGAGGCAACAAGAGACCUGGGGCCUUUGCUGUGUACCUGGAGCCAUGGCAUUUUGAUGUGUUUGACUUCUUAGAGUUAAAGAAGAACACGGGUAAAGAGGAGCAGAGGGCUAGAGACCUGUUCUUUGCCAUGUGGAUCCCAGACCUCUUUAUGAAAAGAGUGGAAAGCAAUCAGGACUGGUCUCUGAUGUGUCCCAGUGAGUGUCCCGGGUUAGAGGAGAGCUGGGGAGAGGAGUUUGAGGAGCUCUAUACUCGAUAUGAGAAGGAGGGCAGGGCUAAGCGUGUGGUCAAGGCUCAACAGCUUUGGUACGCCAUCAUUGAGUCUCAGACAGAAACCGGUACACCGUACAUGCUCUACAAGGACGCCUGCAACAGGAAGAGCAACCAGCAGAACCUGGGCACCAUCAAAUGCAGCAACCUGUGUACAGAGAUCGUCGAGUACACAAGCAAAGACGAGGUGGCUGUGUGUAACCUGGCAUCCAUCGCACUCAACAUGUACGUCACUCAAGAAAGGACCUUUGAUUUUAAAAAGCUUGCAUCCGUCACCAAAGUCAUCGUGAAAAACCUGAACAAGAUUAUUGACAUCAACUACUACCCUGUCCCUGAGGCUGAAAGGUCUAACAGACGUCACAGGCCGAUUGGAAUCGGGGUGCAGGGUCUGGCUGAUGCCUUCAUCCUCAUGCGCUAUCCAUUUGAAAGCCCUGAGGCCCAGCUGUUAAACAUUCACAUCUUUGAGACCAUCUACUAUGCUGCCCUGGAGGCCAGCUGUGAGCUAGCAGAAGAGCUCGGGCCUUAUGAAACAUAUGCUGGCUCUCCUGUCAGCAAGGGAAACCUUCAGUAUGACAUGUGGAAUAAAACCCCGACAGAUUUGUGGGAUUGGAAAGCAUUAAAGGAGAAAAUUGGCAAGCACGGUGUGAGGAACAGUCUGCUCCUUGCUCCCAUGCCCACAGCCUCGACUGCCCAGAUCCUGGGCAACAACGAGUCCAUUGAGGCUUACACCAGCAACAUCUACACCCGCAGGGUGCUCUCGGGAGAGUUUCAGAUCGUGAAUCCUCACCUGCUGAAGGACCUCACAGAGAGAGGACUGUGGAGUGAUGAGAUGAAGAACCAGCUGAUAGCUCAGAACGGGUCAAUCCAGGACAUUGAUGAGAUCCCAGAUGAUCUGAAGCAGCUGUAUAAAACAGUGUGGGAAAUCUCCCAGAAGACUGUCCUGAAGAUGGCAGCAGAUCGUGGUGCUUACAUCGACCAGAGCCAGUCUUUGAACAUUCACAUUGCUGAGCCAAACUACGGCAAACUAACCAGCAUGCACUUCUAUGGUUGGAAGCUGGGCCUGAAAACUGGCAUGUACUACUUGAGGACGAAACCUGCUGCCAACCCAAUCCAGUUCACCCUAAACAAGGAGAAAUUAAAGGACGCACAGACAACCAAGAGUGAAGAAGAGGAGACCAAAGAGCGUAACACUGCUGCUAUGGUGUGUUCCUUGGCGAAUAAAGAUGAGUGCUUGAUGUGUGGUUCUUAACUGCAGUGUUUCUCACUCUCAAGUACUUCCCUCUGUCCUUUUCUCUGUCCUAUUUUGGAAACACUUGAUUCUUUGUAUUGUAUAUGAAUUAAUAAGGGUUUUACAUAUGCCGCUGUCUACAACUCACAAAUCUUUGCCAUUUGUACAUUUUUACCAUGAAGUGAGUUUUUAUGCAUUUUUGUAUAGAAUUAUAUUGGGCACAAUGAUUCGAUGUCUGCCCUUUUUAUCAAUAGUUUUGUAAUAUGUGUGUCACAAAAAUGAACUUAAUGUUUGUAUUUUUCAUUUCUGGGAUAUUAAACUCCUACUAUAUGUUUAAAA